AUGAUCGCUAAGGUUCUCCUUGUUGCAGCUCUCGCUGCUGUUUCCCUCGCACUUCCCUACGGAGCCCAUGUUGCUGAGGAAGAAAAACACGAACCCAUUCCCUACGAAUUUGGCUACGAAACCAAUGACGACAAAGGCACCACCACCUUCAGAAAGGAAAAAAGCGAUGGAAAGAAAGUAGAAGGAACUUUCGGAUACAAAGAUGACAAAGGUAUCGAACGAGUUGUAGAAUACAUCGCCGACGAGCACGGUUACAGAGCCCAGAUUAAGACCAACGAGCCCGGAACCGAGAGCCAGAACCCCGCCGAUGUCAUCCUCGAUGCCAAACCAAUUGUUGUAGAAGAGCCCAAGGCUGCCGCAGCACCCCAACCCCAAUAUGAAGCCCCCCGUCACUCCACCACUCAUGAACACAAAUAUGAAGCCCACAGAUAUGAAAUCCCUGCACCAAGAUACGAAGCCCCCAAAUACGAAAUCCCUGCACCAAGAUACGAAGCCCCCAAAUAUGAAAUCCCUGCACCAAGAUACGAAGCUCCCAAAUAUGAAAUCCCUGAACCAAAAUACGAAGCUCGACGAUACGAAGCUCCUAAAUAUGAAGUUCCUGAACCAAAAUACGAAGCUCCAAAGUACGAAGCUCCAAAAUACGAGGUUCCAAAAUACGAAGCUCCAAAGUACGAAGCUCCAAAGUACGAAGCUCCAAAAUACGAGGUUCCAAAAUACGAAGCUCCAAAGUACGAAGCUCCAAAAUACGAGGUUCCAAAAUACGAAGCUCCAAGAUAUGAAGCUCCUCAUCAUCCCAGAUACUAUUAAAUUCCAAUCACUAGGAUUUAAUCGACUUGUUUUAGUACCUGAAUUUGUAUAUGCUUGACCUUGGAUAUUCAACCCUUUACUUCAGCUGAAAGGGUUGAAAUUUUUGUUAAAUCACGUGCAGGCCUGCAUCGUUCUUCUGUUUCCCAUAUGGUGUCCAGCGUUUUGUCCUUGUGAAGAUUCUUCUACUGCCAUGUUGACGCUUUAUUUAUUUUUAUGUUUUA